GGCGCGGCGCCGGCAGCCCCCGCCCGCCUGCCCCCGCCACGGGCGCCGCGAGCUCUAGACGGGGAUUUUUUCGUUUUUCUUCGCUUUUUUGGGCAAAGCCGGAGCAACCGGCGACUCUCUCUCCCUUCCCUUCCCCCCACCUUUAUUUUAUCCUUUUUUUUUCUUCUUCUUCUCAGUUUUGAUUUUUUUCUUUUCGACCCGAUUUUUCUGUAAAUUUUCUCGCAGCGGGCGGAGGCGCGGCCGGCGCAUCCCCCGCGGGAGGCGGCGGGACCCGCGGCCCCAGCGCGGAGACUGGCGCAUGCCACAGCCCGCCUCGGCUCCGCUGCCCCCCCGCCGCUGCCCCCCGCCGCCGCCGCAUCCCGCCUGCCGGCCCCUUCAUGCUCGGCGGACGACAUGCCCGUUUUGUAGCCGGGGGCCCCUCCUCUCGUCCCGCAUGUUCAGGACCAAACGCUCGGUGCUCGUCCGGCGGCUCUGGCGGAGCCGCGCGCCCGGCGGCGAGGAGGAGGAGGAGGCGGCGGCGGGCGAGCCCGGCGCGGCGGCGGCGGUGGCCGACCCCCGGGCGCACUUGGGCGGGGGGCGCGGGUGCUGCCCGGGCAAGGCGGGCCGCGGCGGGCGGGCGGCGGCGGGCGCGGAGGCGGAACUGAAGGCGCUGACCCACGCCGUGCUGAAGCGGCUGAAGGAGCGGCAGCUGGAGGGGCUGCUGCACGCCGUGGAGUCCCGCGGCGGGGCGCGGACCCCCUGCCUGCUGCUGCCCGCCAAGGCCGACUCGCGGCUGGGACAGCACUGGUACCCGCUGCCCGUGCUGCUGUGCAAGGUGUUCCGCUGGCCCGACCUCCGCCACUGCUCCGAAGUGAAGCGGCUAUGUUGCUGUGAAUCCUACGGCAAGGCUCACUCCGAGCUCGUCUGCUGCAACCCGCACCACCUCAGCCGGCUCUGCGAGCUAGAGUCUCCCCCUCCACCCUACUCCAGAUAUCCAAUGGAUUUUCUCAAACCAACUGCAGAUUGUCCAGACUCUGUGCCUUCCUCCACUGAAACAGGGGGAACUAAUUGUCUAGCCCCUGGGGGGCUCUCAGAUUCUCAAGUUCUUCAGGAGCCAGGGGAUAGAUCACACUGGUGUGUGGUGGCAUACUGGGAAGAGAAGACACGCGUGGGUCGGCUGUACUCUGUCCAAGAGCCCUCCCUGGAUAUCUUCUAUGAUCUACCUCAGGGGAAUGGUUUCUGCCUCGGACAGCUCAACUCGGACAACAAGAGCCAGCUGGUGCAGAAGGUGCGCAGCAAGAUCGGCUACGGCAUCCAGCUCACCAAGGAAGUGGACGGCGUGUGGGUGUACAACCGCAGCAGUUACCCCAUCUUCAUCAAGUCGGCCACACUGGACAACCCUGACUCCAGGACGUUGCUGGUUCACAAAGUGUUCCCAGGGUUUUCCAUCAAGGCUUUCGACUACGAGAAGGCGUACACCUUGCAGAGACCCAACGACCACGAGUUCACGCAGCAGCCGUGGACGGGAUUCACCGUGCAGAUCAGCUUUGUGAAAGGCUGGGGCCAGUGCUACACCAGACAGUUCAUCAGCAGUUGCCCCUGCUGGUUGGAGGUUAUUUUCAACAACCGAUGACUCAAGACAGAGUGAACUCAUGACAUCUAUACUACUUUGCUGCUAUUACUUCCUUCUGAGUGCUUGCUUUUCAUGCAGACUUUUUUUUGGUUGUUUUUUUGUUUCGUUUUGUUUUUGUUGUUCGCCCUUCUUCGUUUUGAGAAAUAGCUUAUGAAAGAUGAUUUUUUGUUGUUGUUGUUGUUGUUUGUUUUUUUUGUUGUUGUUGUUUUUGCCUUUGGGGUAUUUUGAUAAAUAUAUCUAUUUUUUAAAAGUGUGAAUGACCAAUAACUCUCAGAAGGGCGAGAGAAGGGUGCAGUGGGGAUAGAUCACAUGAGAUAAUUACUUCACGCCUCUCAAAAAGGAUUAUUCAAUGGGGAUCGAUGGAUUUGAAAGCCACUAGCUCUAUGUUACAGCUCCUUCCUUUGGACAGCACAAGGAGAUGACUGUGUUUCUGUAGGCACCACCUUCCCAGUGACGGUGACACCGAGACCCCUUCCCCAGCAGUGCUAACCCCGCGUUGCCGCCGAAGGAUGGUGCAAAACCUUCCCAGACAGGUCCUUUACCGACCUUUCGUGUUUCUCUUGUUGCUGGGUUCGUGUCUUGUCACUGUGUUUGUUGUUCCACUGCUUUUUCUAUGUUUGUUAUGAUCGUUGAUUGAUGUAAACGGGAGAGAACAACAGUGGAGGGGACUCCGGGCAUGGCCCGUGCUUUGAUCAUUUGAGCUGAGAUGAGAAGUGACAGAAUUCUAAACCUAAAAAAAAAAAUAAUUUAAAAUUAAAACUAAAGAAAAACAAGUGGGAAAAACAAGAGAAAAAGUGUUCACAACAGUCGGUGUGUCAUAACCUGCUUAGAUCAGGUUAUCCAGGUACCAUCUUAUCUGGAAAUGCAGUUGUGCUUUCAUUUCUUCUUGAAUUCAUACACGAGUAUGAUACUUUUACACUGUUCUUAGCUCAAUGAGCAUGUUUAGACCUUAACAUAAGCUAUUUUUCUAAAUAUAAAGGUUUAAUUGAACAAGAGAGCAUUCUUCUUGGAACUUUAGCAUUGUAGUGCUUUGGAAAAACACCCACACAAAAGAAAAGACUCCUUAAAAAACCCUGAGAUUUAUUAAAGAAAAAAAUGUAUUUUAUGUUAUAUAUAAAUAUAUUAUUACUUGUAAAUAUAAAGACGUUUUAUAAGCAUCAUUAUUUAUGUAUUGUGCAAUGUGUAUAAACGAGAAAAAAGUAAGAAAGAUGCACUUUGCUUUAAUAUAAAUGCAGAUAACAAAUGCCAAAUUAAAAAAAAAAAAAGAGAACACAAGAUUGAUGUUUUUUCUAUGGGUGUUAUCAUCCAGCUGAAUGUUUCUUUUUCUAAAGGAGUCUAUGUUCCAUUAAAAAAUAAAAAUGUACACUU